GUUGGAAGUAUUGAUAAUGCAGUUAAAGGUACUGUUUCCCAGCCAUCAUAGGCAGCUGGUUUGUACUUGAUCACUUUGCAGAUAUCCAUUGAGAUCCGUGAGACAUGGUGAGGAAAGUAGACGAGUGGACUACAGCAGCAUCUCCAUGUACCACCACUCGGUGAGAAUAUUCUCAGGUCAGGACCCUAACUGCGUGUGGGUUGGAUGGGUCACCCCUGACUACCAUUAUUAUAGCAACAACUUCAACCUCAGCAAGAACCGGACAGUGACUGUAACCCUGGGUGAUGAGCGUGGACGAGUCCAUGAGAGUGUGAAGAGGAGUAACUGCUACAUGGUGUGGGGUGGUGAUAUAUCCAGCACUGGACAUGCCACUCGUGACACCAAUGUUGAUCUGGAGAUCGGCUGUCUGAUAGAUCUUGCCACCGGUCUGGUGACAUUCACCGCCAAUGGAAAGGAGAUAUCCACAUCCUACCAGGUGGAAACAAACACCAAACUUUUUCCUGCUGUGUUUGUGCGACCCACCAGUCCUAACCUCUUUCAGUUUGAACUGGCUAAAAUAAAGAAUACCAUGCCUCUGUCGUCAGCCAUUUUUAAAAGUGAACACAAAAACCCGGUGCCUCAGUGUCCGCCCCGGCUAGAUGUUCAGACAAUUAAUGCGGUGCUGUGGAGCCGCAUGCCCAACACCUUCCUGAAAGUGGAGACGGCCCGAGUGAGUGAGAGGCAUGGCUGGGUCGUUCAGUGUGUGGAGCCCCUGCAGAUGUUGGCGGUACACAUACCUGAGGAGAACAGGUGUGUUGACAUCAUGGAGCUGUCUGAGCAGGAAGAUAUGAGGAAGUUCCACUACCACACCCUGAAGCUGUACUGUGCCCUCUGUGCUCUGGGAAACACCCGCGUGGCCCAUGCCCUCUGCAGCCACCUGGACCAAUCACAGCUCUUAUACACCAUCGACAAUCAGUACCUGUCUGGCAUGUUACGUGAGGGCUUCUACAAUGUUCUGAUCAGCAUCCACUUGGAGACAGCCAAAGAGUCUAGACUCAUGAUGAAGGAUGAGUUUAUUAUUCCAGUUACAGCAGAAACACGCUCCAUUCGACUUUUUUCCAAUGCAUCCAAGAAACACAGCCUGCCUGGAGUUGGGCUUAGCACCUCUCUGAAACCCCGCCUCAACUUCACCCCUCCAUGCUUCAUCAGCACAAAACGGGAUCAUCUGUACAGUCCUCAAAUCCCUCUGGAUUCUCUAAAGGAGAAAGCAAUUGUGAUGUUGAGGGAGGCCGUGCAUGGUGGAGGACACCACAUACGAGAUCCUGUAGGAGGCGGCGUGGAAUAUCAGUUUGUGCCCAUCCUGAAGCUCAUUAGCACUCUGCUGACGAUGGGCGUGUUAGGCAGUGAAGAUGUUCAGAAGAUUUUACUACUGAUUGACCCAAACGUGUUCAGAGAGACACGGAAUGGGGGGGUCCUGAGACACACGGACAAAGAAGGUUUAGCGGGAACAGAGGGCAAGGCCGUGGAAGCUGGAGAAGAAGAAGCAGCUGAAGAGUCAAAACAGCCAAUGGAGGGGCUGCUGGAGAAGAGGCUGCCAGAGCCUGUCAAACGACAGAUGUGCGAACUGCUUCAUUAUUUCUGCGACUGCGAGUUGAAGCACCGCAUCGAGGCUAUUGUGUCCUUCUCUGACAACUUUGUCUCUAAGCUUCAGCACAACCAGAAGUUCCGCUACAAUGAGCUCAUGCUGGCUCUCAACAUGUCUGCUGCUGUCACGGCCAAGAAGACCAAAGAGUUCAGGUCGCCGCCUCAGGAACAGAUCAACAUGCUGCUGACUUUCAGUACAGGAGAGGACUGUCCGUGUCCGAUGGACAUUCAGGAGGAACUUUAUGAUUUUCACAACCAGCUGCAGCUCCACUGUGGAAUCCCGAUGGAGGAAGAUGAUGACGAGCAAGACACAUCUAUUAAAGGUCGCCUCCUUAUGCUGGUGAACAAAAUCAAAAGUCAGUCACAGAAAGCACAAGAGCCCAAGGAGAAGAAACAGUCGGCACCAUCUAACCUGAAGGAGCUCAUCUCUCAGACCAUGGUCAGCUGGGCUCAAGAGUGCCAUAUCCAGGAUCCAAAACUAGUUCGUAAGAUGUUCAGUCUGCUGAGGAGGCAGUAUGACAGCAUUGGUGAGCUGCUACGGGCCAUGAGGAAGACCUACACCAUCAGUGCUGCUUCAGUCCAAGACACCAUCCACCUGCUGGCCUCCCUUGGUCAGAUUAGGUCUCUGCUGUCUGUUCGAAUGGGAAAGGAGGAGGAAAAGCUCAUGAUCGAUGGACUUGGUGACAUCAUGAACAACAAGGUGUUUUACCAGCAUCCAAACCUAAUGAGAAUCCUGGGAAUGCACGAGACUGUGAUGGAGGUCAUGGUUAAUGUGCUUGGAGGAGACAAAUCUCAGGAAAUUGCAUUCCCUAAAAUGGUGGCCAGCUGUUGUCGCUUCCUGUGCUACUUCUGCCGGAUCAGCCGCCAGAACCAGAAAGCCAUGUUCGACCACCUCAGCUACCUGCUGGAGAAUAGCAGUGUGGGUUUAGCUUCACCAUCCAUGAGGGGCUCCACUCCUCUCGAUGUUGCAGCUUCCUCUGUGAUGGACAACAACGGGUUGGCUUUGGCUCUGGAAGAACCAGACCUGGAUAAGGUGGUCACAUACUUGGCUGGAUGUGGUCUCCAGAGUUGUCCGAUGCUUCUGGCUAAAGGUUACCCUGACAUUGGCUGGGACCCCAUAGAAGGAGAGCGAUAUCUGUCCUUCUUGCGUUUUGCUGUUUUUGUCAAUGGAGAGAGCGUAGAGGAGAAUUCCAGCGUUGUGGUCAAGCUGCUCAUCCGUCGCCCAGAAUGUUUUGGACCGGCCCUCAGAGGAGAAGGAGGACACGGUCUGUUGGCUGCUAUGAAGGAAGCUAUUAAGAUCUCUGAGACACCUGCUCUGGACCUGCCAGGCUCUGUGCAGCGAGUCAGCUCUGAUCUAUCUGCUGAUGGUGAUGAUGAGGAGGAGGUGGUCCAUAUGGGCAACGCUAUUAUGUCUUUCUACUCUGCACUCAUUGACCUUUUGGGACGCUGUGCCCCUGAGAUGCAUCUCAUAAACAAGGGAAAAGGUGAAGCUCUACGUAUUCGAGCCAUCCUGCGUUCUCUGGUUCCCACUGAAGAUCUUGUGGGAAUUAUAAGCAUACCCCUGAAAAUGCCUGUUGUCAACAAAGAUGGAUCAGUGACUGAGCCAGACAUGUCCGCCAGCUUCUGUCCAGACCACAAAGCCCCCAUGGUGCUGUUUUUAGACCGGGUUUAUGGAAUAGAAGACCAAGGCUUUCUGCUACAUCUGCUGGAAGUGGGCUUCCUCCCUGACCUAAGGGCGGCUACCUCCAUGGAUACGGAGGGUUUGUGCACCACGGAGACAGCCCUGGGUAUGAACCGAUACAUCGGUACGGCCAUGCUGCCGCUCCUCACCCGCUGCGCCCCUCUGUUUGCUGGCACUGAGCACUACGCCACCCUCAUUGACUCCACCCUGCACACCAUCUACCGGCUCUCUAAAGGCCGGUCGCUGACCAAGGCUCAGAGAGAUGCCAUUGAGGAGUGCUUGCUGUCCAUUUGCAAGCACCUUCGUCCCUCCAUGCUGCAGCAGCUCUUGCGCCGACUCGUCUUUGACGUGCCCUUGCUGACUGAAUACUGCAAGAUGCCUCUGAGGCUGCUGACCAACCACUACGAGCAGAACUGGAAGUACUACUGCCUCCCAUCGGGCUGGGGCAGCUUCGGCACAGCAUCUGAAGAUGAACUGCUUCUCACCAAAAGGAUCUUCUGGGGAGUUUUUGACUCUUUAUCCCAAAGGAAGUAUGACCCAGAGUUGUUCAAGAUGGCCAUGCCUUGUCUCAGUGCCAUUGCUGGGGCUUUGCCUCCGGACUACGUGGAUGCCUCUAUCAGUGCAGCUAUUGAGAAACCGGUUUCUGUCGAUGCUCAGGGAAACUUUGACCCUAAACCCAUCAGUACCUUGAAUGUUGUUUUGCCAGAAAAGCUUGAACAUUUUGCCAACAAAUAUGCAGAGCAUUGCCAUGAGAAAUGGUCUGCAGAAAAGGUGCUGCUCGGGUGGAAAUAUGGCGACUGUGUGGACGAGAAGGCGAAGACUCAUCCUCAGCUCAGGACUUAUAAAGGCCUGACAGAAAAGGAGAAGGAGAUCUACAGAUUGCCAGUUAGGGAGUCGUUGAAGAGCAUGAUGGCGAUGGGCUGGAGCGUCGACCGAACAAAGGAUGGAGAGAGCAUGUCUCAACAGAGGGAGAGUGAAAAACUGAGAAAAAUAUCUCAAGUUUCUCAAGCCAACGGCUUCAAUCCUAGCCCAAUAGACACAAGCAAUGUAGUUCUUUCCAGAGAAUUGCAGGGGAUGAUGGAGGUAAUGGCUGAGAAUUACCAUAACAUCUGGGCCAAGAAGAAAAAAAGUGACCUUGGAAGCCGAGGUGGAGGAACACACCCCCUGUUGGUGCCCUAUGACACACUGACAGCCAAAGAGAAGGCCCGCGACCGAGAGAAGGCUCAAGACCUUUUUCGCUUCCUGCAAAUUAACGGCUAUACCAUCACAAGAGGUUUGAAGGGCUUAGAGCAGGACUCGUCCUCCAUGGAAAAAAGGUUUGCCUAUAAAUUUCUCAAGAAACUUCUGAAAUAUGUCGACUCAGCCCAAGAGUUUAUCUCCCACUUAGAGGCUAUGGCUGCUAGCGGGAAAACAGACAGGUCUCCUCACGAACAGGAAAUCAAGUUUUUUGCCAAAGUUCUUCUCCCUCUCAUCGAUCAGUACUUCAAGAACCACUCUCUGUACUUCCUCUCCUCCCCAAACAAAAACCUCAGCAGCAGUGGUUAUGCCUCUAACAAGGAGAAGGAAAUGGUCACCAGCUUGUUUUGUAAACUGGCAGCUCUUGUCAGACAUAGGAUUUCACUCUUUGGGAGUGAUUCCACCACCAUGGUCAGCUGUCUGCACAUUCUGGCACACACUCUGGACACCAGGACCGUGAUGAAGUCAGGCUCGGAGCAGGUGAGGGUGGGGCUGAGGACAUUCUUUGAGAAUGCAGCGGAGGACUUGGAGAAGACAUUUGAGAACCUAAAGCUGGGGAAGUUCACUCACUCCCGCUCGCAGAUGAAAGGAGUGUCACAGAACAUCAACUACACCACGGCGGCUCUGCUCCCCAUCCUAACCGCUCUGUUUGAACACAUCACUCAGCAUCACUUUGGAGUAGACCUUCUUUUGGAUGACGUCCAAGUGUCUUGUUAUCGGAUCUUAACCAGCCUCUAUGCGCUGGGCACUGGGAAAAACAUCUAUGUGGAGAGGCAGCUUCCAGCUCUUGGUCAGUGUCUGGCCACGCUGGCUGGGGCCAUGCCCGUAGCCUUUCUGGAGCCGAAGCUUAACACGCACAACCCCUGCUCCGUUUUUAACACCAAGAGUGCCCGAGAACGAGGCGCCCUGGGAAUACGAGAAUCGGUUGAAGAGAUGUGUCCAGGAAUGCCAUGGCUUGAUGGUCUCAUAAAGGACAUCAACAACAUGGCUGAGUCUGGAGCACGGUACACCGAGAUGCCCCAUGUGAUCGAGGUGGUGCUGCCCAUGCUGUGCAAUUACCUGUCCUACUGGUGGGAGAGAGGUCCCGAAAACCUGCUCGCUGGCGGGGGAAGCAUCUGCUGCACCACCAUCACUUCAGAGCACCUCAGCCUCAUCCUCGGCAACAUCCUCAAGAUCCUCAACAACAAUCUGGGCAUUGACGAGGCCUCAUGGAUGAAGAGAAUUGCAGUUUAUGUGCAACCCAUCAUCAGCAAGGCUCGUGCAGACCUGCUGAAAAGCCACUUCUUACCAACGCUGGAGAAACUAAAGAAGAAGACAGUGAAGGUGGUGGCUGAAGAGGAGCUUCUCAAAGCAGAUUGUAAAGGAGACACUCAGGAGGCCGAGCUGCUCAUCCUGGAUGAGUUUGCUGUUCUCUGCAGGGAUCUGUAUGCCUUUUACCCCAUGCUCAUCCGCUAUGUGGACAACAACAGGUCCAGGUGGCUAAAAGAACCUGAUUCAGACUCCAACGAACUCUUCAAAAUGGUUGCAGAGAUAUUUAUUCUCUGGUGCAAGUCACAUAAUUUUAAAAGAGAAGAGCAGAACUUUGUGGUGCAAAAUGAAAUCAACAACCUUUCGUUCUUGACUGGUGAUAAUAAAACAAAGAUGUCAAAGUCCUUUAAGGAAAAGUCCGGAGGACAAGACCAGGAAAGGAAGCUCAAGAAGAGGCGAGGAGAGUUUUACUCCAUCCAGACUUCACUCAUCGUGGCUGCUCUGAAGAAGAUGCUGCCUAUUGGUCUGAACAUGUGCACCCCCGGUGAUCAGGAGCUCAUCUCUCUGGCCAAAACCCGCUACCUCAUGAAAGAUACAGAUGAAGAAGUUAAAGACCACAUACGUCAGAAUCUGCAUCUUCGAGAAAAGUCUGAGGAUCCUGCUGUGAGGUGGCAGCUGAACCUGUACAAGGACAUUGUGAUGAGGACGGAGGGCCCUCCUGACCCGGAACGAGUUGUGGAUCGGAUCCAGAGGAUCUCGGCUGCCAUAUUUAACCUGGACCAGGUGGAGCAGCCGUUGAGAUCUAAAAAAUGCGUCUGGCAGAAGCUGCUGUCCAAACAGAGGAAGCGAGCGGUCGUUGCUUGCUUCCGAAUGGCUCCCCUUUAUAAUCUACCAAGGCAUCGCUCUAUUAACCUCUUUCUCCUGGCAUAUCAAAGCAUUUGGAUAGAAACUGAGGAGUACUCUUUUGAGGAGAAGCUGGUGCAGGACCUUGCAAAAACACAGCCUAAAGUGGAAGAAGAGGAGGAGGAGGAGGUCAGAAAGCAGCCUGACCCUCUUCACCAGCUCAUUCUGCAUUUCAGCCACAAUGCUCUGACUGAAUGCAGUUCUUUGGGUGAGGAUCCCUUAUAUAUUGCCUAUGCAGAUAUGAUGGCUAAGAGUUGUGAUGAAGGUGAAGAAGAGGAAGAAGGAAAAGAGAAAACAUUUGAGGAAAAGGAGAUGGAGAAGCAAAAGAUGCUGUAUCAGCAAGCCCGUCUGCAUGAUCGAGGAGCUGCGGAGAUGGUUCUCCAGAUGAUCAGUGCCAGCAGAGGGCGACUCGGGGCCACGGUGACUUUCACCCUUAAACUGGGCAUCUCCGUUCUGAAUGGGGGAAACAUACUGGUCCAGCAGAAAAUGCUGGAUUAUCUGAAGGAAAAAAGAGAUGUUGGAUUUUUCAAAAGUUUGUCUGGGCUGAUGAUGUCAUGCAGUGUCUUGGACUUGAACGCUUUUGAAAGGCAAAACAAAGCUGAAGGUCUGGGAAUGGUUACUGAGGAGGGAUCAAUCAACGUGAGUGAGCGGGGUUCCAAAGUUCUGCAAAACGACGAGUUUACUAAAGAUCUCUUUAGGUUUCUGCAGCUUCUCUGUGAGGGCCACAACAACGAUUUCCAAAACUUCCUGAGAACUCAGACAGGGAAUACAACUACAGUUAAUAUCAUCAUCAGCACAGUUGAUUACCUGCUAAGACUCCAGGAAUCCAUCAGCGAUUUCUACUGGUACUAUUCUGGUAAGGACGUCAUCGACGAGGCUGGGCAGAGGAACUUCUCUAAAGCUCUAGCUGUAGCUAAACAAGUCUUCAACUCUUUAACUGAGUACAUUCAGGGUCCGUGCAUAGGUAACCAGCAGAGUCUGGCUCACAGCAGACUGUGGGAUGCAGUUGUGGGCUUCCUGCAUGUUUUUGCCAACAUGCAGAUGAAGUUAUCCCAGGAUUCCAGUCAGAUUGAAUUACUGAAGGAGCUCCUAGAUCUGCAGAAGGACAUGAUCGUCAUGAUGCUCUCUCUUCUAGAGGGUAAUGUCGUCAAUGGAACCAUUGGUAAACAAAUGGUGGACACCUUGGUGGAAUCGUCCAGUAAUGUGGAGAUGAUUCUAAAAUUCUUUGACAUGUUCCUCAAGUUGAAGGAUUUGACUACCUCAGACAGUUUUAAGGAAUAUGACUCAGAGAGCAAAGGGGUCAUCUCAAAGAAGGACUUUCAGAAGUCUAUGGAGAACCAGAAACAGUAUUCUCAGUCUGAGAUCGAGUUUCUUCUCUGCUGUGCUGAGGCUGAUGAGAACGAUCUGUUUAGCUACAAGCAGUUUGUGGAACGAUUUCACGAACCGGCGAAGGACAUUGGCUUUAACGUAGCCGUGUUGUUAAUGAACCUCUCGGAGCACAUGCCCCAUGAUGCUCGCCUGUCGACAUUCCUGGACUUGGCUGAGAGCGUCCUCAGCUACUUCGAGCCCUUCUUGGGUCGCAUUGAGAUCAUGGGCGGAGCUAAGCGCAUUGAGAGGGUCUACUUUGACAUCAGCGAGUCGAGUCGGACGCAGUGGGAAAAGCCUCAAGUGAAAGAGUCCAAGCGGCAGUUCAUAUUUGAUGUGGUCAAUGAAGGUGGGGAGAGCGAGAAGAUGGAGCUGUUUGUCAACUUCUGUGAGGACACUAUCUUUGAGAUGCAGCUGGCUUCUCAGAUUUCAGAGCCAGAUCCCGUUGAACAUCAGGACGAAGACGAGGAUGAGAGCCAGAGUGUGGCAGAGAAUCAAGAAGAGGAGAGCAUAAUGAUGGAGUCUUCUUCAGCCUUCACCAUUGCCUGCAUCUCAAUGAGAAAGAGCCUCUGUAACUUCCGACAGAUGCUCACUCUAAAGAGCAUGAGGCGGCAGUUCCGGAGGUUCAGGAAGAUGAGUGUGAAGGAGAUGGUGCAGGGGUUCUUCUCCUUCUUCUGGAUGAUCAUCACAGGCCUCUUCCACUUCAUCCACAGCUUAGUUUGGGGUUUCUUCCACAUCUUGUGGACCACUCUGUUUGGCGGUGGCCUAGUUGAAGGUGCUAAGAACAUGAAAGUGACGGAUAUUUUGGGGAACAUGCCAGACCCUACUCAGUUUGGAAUCCACGGAGAUGUUUUGGAAACUGAAAAGAUGGAGGCGAGUGAGACGUUGGCUUUAGAGGAGAUGGGUCAGAUGGCUCAGGGUGACGGAGCAGAGGCUGACCUGAUGGCCGAGCUGCUCAACAUACAGCCCAAGAGGGAGGGCAAGCAUGGGACUGAGCCAGGUUUGGGGGAUGUGUCAGAGGUGGUGGUGGGAGACGCCCCUUCAAUAGCCAGCGCUGUCAAGCAGAAAAAGGCUCAGAUAGCUGCAAAAAAGAGAGCUGCAAAUGGAGACUACAAGUCAGACUCAGAAAAAGGAGAUUCAGAGGACGGAGAGAAAAGAGACCCCGACAAGUCCAAAGACGAAUCCCCACCAGAGCCCUUGGUAGAAGAGAAAAAAGCUCCAAAGAAGAGGCUCGGCCUGAGGAAAGAACCACCAGAGGCCUUCAUGGCCAGCUUCUUGGCUGGCUUGGAAAUCUACCAGACAAAGAUGCUGAACUAUCUUGCAAGAAAUUUCUACAACCUUCGCUUUUUGGCGCUUUUCGUUGCAUUUGCAAUCAACUUCAUUCUUCUCUUCUAUAAGGUGACCGGUGAUUACUCAGAGGAGGAAGACCCCUGGAGCCGCCGAGGAAGACCUGGAGAGGAGGAGGAUGAAGGAGCGCUGGAGUACUUUGUCCUGCAGGAAAGCACCGGUUACAUGGCACCGACGCUUUGCUGUCUGGCAGUACUACACACCAUCAUAUCUUUCUUGUGUGUAGUAGGAUAUUACUACCUUAAGGUGCCUCUGGUGGUGUUCAAGCGAGAAAAGGAAAUAGCAAGGAAGUUAGAGUUUGCUGGCCUCUACAUCACCGAGCAGCCGUCCGAUGAUGACAUCAAAGGACAAUGGGACAGGCUGGUCAUCAAUACUCCUUCUUUUCCCAACAACUACUGGGAUAAAUUUGUCAAACGCAAGGUGAUAAAAAAGUACGGAGACUUGUAUGGAGCAGAGAGGAUAGCGGAGCUGCUCGGGUUGGACAAGAGCGCUCUGGAUUUCAACCCCACAGAGGAAACGGUUGCCAAGGAGGCCUCGCUCGUCUCAUGGUUGAGCUCAAUUGAUACAAAGUACCACAUCUGGAAAAUGGGGGUCGUUUUUACAGACAAUUCGUUCCUGUAUCUGGUUUGGUACACCACCAUGUCCAUUCUGGGACAUUACAACAACUUCUUCUUUGCUGCCCAUCUUCUGGACAUCGCUAUGGGCUUUAAGACCCUUCGCACCAUCCUGUCAUCUGUCACCCAUAAUGGCAAACAGCUGGUGUUGACUGUCGGACUGUUGGCAGUCGUCGUUUACCUCUACACGGUGGUGGCCUUCAACUUCUUCAGGAAGUUCUACAAUAAGAGCGUUGAUGAUGAUGAACCGGACAUGAAGUGUGAUGACAUGAUGACGUGUUAUCUGUUUCACAUGUAUGUUGGAGUGAGAGCAGGAGGCGGCAUUGGGGAUGAAAUCGAAGACCCUGCUGGUGAUCCAUACGAGCUCUACCGCAUCCUUUUUGACAUCACUUUCUUCUUCUUUGUCAUUGUCAUCCUCCUGGCUAUCAUUCAGGGUUUGAUCAUUGAUGCCUUUGGAGAGCUGAGAGACCAGCAGGAACAAGUCAAAGAGGACAUGGAGACCAAAUGUUUUAUUUGUGGCAUUGGUAAUGACUACUUUGACACCACGCCACAUGGAUUUGAGACUCACACCUUGCAAGAGCACAAUUUGGCCAACUACCUAUUUUUCCUUAUGUACCUCAUCAAUAAGGAUGAAACGGAGCACACUGGCCAGGAGUCAUACGUCUGGAAGAUGUAUCAGGAGCGCUGCUGGGAUUUCUUCCCGGCUGGAGAUUGCUUCCGUAAGCAGUAUGAAGAUCAGCUUGGAUAAUGCAGACACAUCCUCCUCGCCGCUACCUGUCCGCGUGAAACGGGCUCCAGAAAUAUUUUAUCUACAGAUAGAACACACACCGUCGGCCCAGCAUUGCUCUGGAGAAGGACAAACACAAGAACUAUUUUUUUUUUUU